UAUAAAGGAAUAUGUGCAAAUUAAGUAUUAGUAGUACAUAAAAAUUUGUCGAGUGUAUUUUUUAUAAAAAUGUCAAUUCUCACCAACUUUAAACAUUUAAGCCGAAUACCGAGUGUACCAUCAAACUGUUAUAACCAGAGCAAUAUGCCUUGUCCGUUUUUGACGAAACUUAGCCAGAAUUAUGUCAGGAAUUAUACUCCUGUUUUGCUUAAGAUGUACGGAAGCCAGUGUCCUGUUAUUUCGCGUAACAUGAGCAGCAUUGUUAAUAAUGAGGCUCAAGCUGUUGGGCAAGAAAACGAACCCGUAAAAAAUCCAUGUCCAUUCCUUAAGGAAGUCACCAAUGUGAUCAAGGAAGUGAAGCAAGAUGACACCAUUGAGAUGGGUGCUGAGAAAAAAAAAGAUGGUGUUUUUGCUUAUGACAAAUUCUUUCACCAACAGAUAAUGAAGAAGAAGAAGGACCACUCAUACAGGAUCUUCAAGAAAGUCAACAGGUUAGCAGGCCCUGGUCAGUUUCCCAAUGCCCUGGAAUACUCAUAUGGUGAAAAACCCAUUAGAGUAUGGUGCGCCAAUGACUACCUCGGCAUGUCCUGUCACCCGGAGGUCAAAAACGCAGUACGCGAAGCGUUGGAAAAAUACGGAACAGGUGCUGGCGGUACAAGGAACAUUGCUGGCAAUUCCACUCUUCACGAGAAGCUCGAAGCUACGCUGGCCAAGCUGCACCAAAAAGACGGCGCCUUACUUUUCACGUCGUGCUUCGUAGCGAACGAUUCUACAUUGUUUACCUUGGCCAAAUCACUGCCAGGCUGUCAUAUAUUCUCUGAUGCGGGAAAUCAUGCCUCCAUGAUUCAAGGCAUCAGAAACUCCCAAGUUCCUAAGCACAUCUUCAGGCACAACGACCCUGCUCACUUGGAAGAGUUGCUGCAAAAAGUCGAUGUCAACAUUCCGAAGAUUGUCGCCUUCGAAACGGUUCAUUCCAUGUCGGGCGCCGUAUGUCCUUUGAACGAACUAUGCGACGUCGCUCAUAAAUACGGCGCUUUAACCUUCGUUGAUGAGGUCCAUGCUGUGGGGCUCUAUGGCCACCACGGUGCCGGCAUCGGAGAGCGCGAAGGUCUCCUGCAUAAGAUGGACAUCAUAUCCGGAACUUUGGGCAAAGCUUACGGUAAUGUUGGAGGUUACGUUGCUGGUGACGCGACGUUAAUCGACAUGGUUCGUUCGUACGCCGCAGGCUUGAUCUUUACCACGGCGUUACCUCCGACGAUUUUAGCGGGUGCCAUUAAAGCCGUAGAGAUUUUGGCGUCCGCCGCAGGUAGGGAGUUGCGAAGAAAGCACCAAGAAAACGUGAAAUACCUCAGGAAUAGCUUGUUGAAAAACGGCUUCCCUGUAGAGCAUUCGCCUAGUCAUAUCAUUCCAAUAAAAAUUGGUAACCCGAAGCAAAGCUCUCUGGUUUGUGAUACUUUAUUGAAAGAGAAAGGGCAUUACAUUCAAGCUAUCAACUACCCAACUGUGGCUAAAGGAGAAGAGAAGCUGAGAUUGGCACCGACACCUCACCACUCCAAAGAGUUGAUGGAUGAGUUGGUGAGGGAUUUGAAGGAAGUUUGGGGGCAAUUGGAGCUACCUUUUACUGGGCUCCAAUGCGGGAAGGAAUGCAAGUUCUGCCAGAAGCCCAUCCUGUUCGAUUAUUACGAAAGUAGAACCCGUGAUGUGCCUAAAAUUUUCAACUGUGGCAUACCAAACUGUCCACAAUUAAUCACUGCCUCUGCAUAAUGACAUACUAAAGCAAUAAUUAUAUUAACAGGUGUCGGAUCAUUACUUGUAUUAUGGAGUAUUAGCUAUGAAUGCAUUGUUCAAAAUUGAGAUAUUUCGUUAAAUAAAUAAAUAUACAAUUUGUUUAUUAUUCAUUAUUUUUAUAGGUUUCUUUACAGUAAAUUAUGAGAUGUUGCUUA